UUUGGUUUUAACAAACGCGACCAAUAUUCUAUCUUUAAAAUCAUAUAAGAAAUGCGAAUAAAUAAAACAGAUGAUAUAUUGAAUACUACAAAUGAUAAAGAAUCUGAUUUGAAUAAUGCCAUGGAAGUGGAACCAAAUCAGGAAUCUAAUGAAAACACACCUAAAGCUAAUAUAGAUGAUGAAUUUGAUGAGAAUGAUUAUAGUAGGCCACAAGCCACAUUUCAGUUUAAGAUUGAAAAUUUUAGUAAAUUCUCAAAGCAGGCAUUAUCACCACCUUGUUACAUUAGAAACUUACCUUGGAAAAUUUUAGGUCUUGUAAGAACUCAAGAAAGAGUUUCAUCUGUCAGUAAAUUCUUAGGCUUCUUUUUGCAAUGCAAUGCUGAAGCUGAAUCACAAACUUGGUCAUGUCAUGCAUCUGCUGUAUUAAAGGUUUUGGCUCAAGACAAAGAAAAGGGAGUUGAUUAUUGCAAACAAAUAUCUCACCUAUUCUAUGUUAAGGAGAAUGAUUGGGGAUAUAAUCAAUUCAUGUCUUUUAAAGAACUCAUGGACCCCGAAAAGGGUUAUUACAAAGAUGAUAGCAUCAUUCUAGAAGUAAGCGUAAGGGCCGAAGCACCCCACGGGGUAAGUUGGGACAGCAAAAAGCAUACGGGAUAUGUCGGACUUAAAAAUCAAGGGGCAACUUGCUACAUGAAUUCCAUCCUUCAAACCCUUUUCUUCACCAAUCAACUCAGGAAGGACGUGUACCAAAUUCCGACAGAAGGUGAUGCCGCUGGAAAUAGCGUGGCAUUAGCCCUACAAAGGGUAUUUUACGAACUCCAAACAUGUGAUAAGCCUGUCGGCACCAAAAAAGUCACCAAAUCUUUCGGCUGGGAAACCUUGGAUUCAUUCAUGCAGCACGAUGUCCAGGAAUUUUGCAGAGUGUUGCUCGAUAAAAUCGAAUCCAAAAUGAAAGGCAGUCUCGUCGAAGGGAAAAUACCUAAAUUAUUUGAAGGAAAAAUGAUUUCUUAUAUCAAGUGUAAAAACGUCGAUUAUUGUUCAUCCUGUAUCGAAGCCUUCUACGACAUCCAACUCAACGUUAAGGACAUGAAAAAUAUUUACGAAUCGUUCAAACAAUACAUUAAUCCCCAAACACUCGAUGGGGAGAAUAAAUACGAUGCUGGGGCCCAUGGAUUACAAGAAGCGGAAAAGGGGGUUAAAUUUGUGUCUUUCCCGCCCGUCUUACACCUACAACUUAUGAGAUACGAAUACGACCCUACUCUCGAUACCAACGUCAAAAUUAACGACAGGUUCGAAUUUCCAGAAAAACUGAUUUUGGAAGAUUUUCUGGAUAGACCUGAAAUCUCGCCGGCAACUUACAUACUUCACGCGGUUCUAGUCCACAGCGGCGAUAAUCAUGGCGGCCAUUACGUUGUCUACAUAGAUCCCAAAGCUAACGGAAAAUGGUGCAAAUUCGAUGAUGAUGUGGUGUCCCGAUGCGCGAAACGCGAGGCUAUAGAUAAUAAUUUUGGCGGAUCAGACCCCGAUAUUGAUCCGACUUCUCCUCUUCUCACCCUCCCCCAAAACCAACAGAAUCCCAAUUUAACUCACAACAAUCCCAUGGGCAACUCUAUCCCGCCACCCCAGGCUCAAUUAAACAGCAAUACAAAUAGGAACACGUCAAACGCCUACAUGUUGGUUUAUAUAAGGGAGUCAGCUAAAGAUCACGUUCUCAGUCCUGUCACCGAAGCCGAUAUUCCUAUAUUACUAGUGGAGAGGUUGAAAGAGGAAAAGAGAAUCGAGAUGAUCAAACGGAAGGAGAAGAAUGAAGCUCACUUGUAUUUUAAUGUUGACAUUUUUUUCGAGGACAAUUUUUACGGGCAUAACGGCCACGAUUUAUUCGAUCACAUAAAUCACGUCAAAAGGACAUUCAAGAGUCGAAGGGAGAGUUAUUUCAAAGAUUUUAUCAAAGAUUUAGCUAAUUACCUGAAAUACGCUCCUGGUCAAAUAAGGGUAUGGCCCUUGUUCAAGCGUUCUAACAAUACCAUUCGUUUUACCAACAUCGAUCCAUCUAACGAAAGUAAAAAGCUGUACGAUUUUGUGGCGGGAGAAAUAUGGACCGUAUUUUUGGAAACUGUAAUCCCGGACGCGGAUCAGCCCGUUCUGCCUCCUUUCGAUAGUCUAACCCAAGUGUUACUUUUCCUAAAAUUUUAUGAUCCCAAGCUUAAAAUGAUAUAUUAUUGUGGUCACGCCUAUGCCGAUGUCAACAGGCCCUUAAAUGAUUUAGCUCCCGUGAUGAGACAGAGAGCUGGUUUGCCUGACAAUACUCCCUUAUUCUUUUACGAGGAAAUAUCUUACACGCAAACGUGCCCCAUUCAAGAAGUGGACAAGCCCCUGGGUCGAGUCAUUUCUGAACUAAUGAACGGCGACAUCAUUGUCUUUCAAAAAGAUUUACCCGAUUUAUCCAUUUACCCUUUCCCUACACCCAUGCACUAUUUUAGUGAUAUAUAUAACCACAUCGAUAUGCAGUUCUGCGAUAAAAAUAAGAUGAACGAUCCCGGGUUUAAGCUUUCCAUAUCCACGCACAUGCUAUAUCAAGAAGCCAUGCAAUACGUAGCUAAUUACAUAGGAACCGACAAGAAGCUUCUACAAUUUUUCACAACCAAUCCAUAUAGGGACACGCCUCAAAAUCCCAUAAAAUCUUCGUUUUCUGGAAAAUUCGGGGAAAUAUUUCAACAGACAAAAGCUCCCACUAUUCACAAAAUAUUUUAUCAGAAGCUUUGCAUGCCCUUGGAUGAGCUUGAAGCCAAAAAUCAAUACAAAUGCGUUUGGGUUGACAGUCAUUACAAGGAGGAGAAAGAGCUGGUUGUGUACGUCAACAAAUCGGCCACAGUGGCGGACCUAUUGCAAGACGCCCGUAAAAAAAUACUCGCCUCCUUCCGGUCCGCUAUUUUACUUAACAGUAAUCAUAUUUGCCUCGGCGGGGUUGCAAGGGAUAAUUCCCCUUCCAGGUUAAAUCGUUCGGGCAGCCCUAAUAUCCAAAAUUCUCAACACAAUCUGAUGGAUGAUCAAAGCAGUGGUAACGUCAAUUGCAUUAAUUGCACUGCCGGACUCGAUUUUUUUGACUCACCCGAUCCCAUCAAAGAACUAAAAUUAAGGGUCGUAGAUAUACAAAGCUUCAAAACGGCCACUGUCCUUAAAAACGAACUCAAGCUAGAAAAUUUGAUACCCCCGUCCUCGAACACGGCUCUAGAUCAACACCAAUUUAAAUCGUCAAGCAUGAGCGUGGCAAACCCCAUGUCCUACGAAAUGGGCAACCCGAUCAUGGGAACCGGCCUUAAUUUGCAAGCCCCGCUACUGAGAAUCGAGGAAAUACCUCGCGAUCAAAAAGAGAUUGGGCCAGAUGAAAUGCUCGUUCCUUGUACCCAUUUUUUUAGAGACAUUGUCAAUACAUUCGGUAUACCAUUUUUCGUCAAAGUUAAAAACGAUGAACACUUCGAAGCUAUAAAGUCCCGGAUUCAAAAUCGAUUAGAUAUCUCUGACAAAGAAUACGAAAAAUACAAAUUUUACUUCAUUUCGCAAGGAAGGGUUAACGAAGUCACGCCCGAAUAUAGGAUCCCUUUAACCGACCUUAAAACAGCCAAGGAUGUUUGGAUAGGUAUGGAACACAUGAACAAAAUAGCCAAGCAAACGAGAUCCAAUUACAUGGAAAAGCCUAUAAAAAUUCAUAAUUAAUUUAUAAAUUACAAGCAUAUUCCCUUAUAGCUAUUUUUUUUAUCUGAAAAAGAAAACCCUAUUAAUAUGAGGUAUUGAAUUCCCCUAUAAUUAAUUUUAUUCAGAUUCGAUUUGUUAUUAUUUGCUGCAAAGUUAAAUAGUCUAAUUCAAACCCUUUUAAUUUCCGCCCUGUUUCUUAAGAUAAUUCCCAUUAUUUUACAAUUACUUCCUUGACACGUUAGCGUUUCUUUGUAUGAAUACCGACUGACUACAUAUAAUUUUCUAGCAAUGAUUUCCCUAUUUAUAUAUUAUAAAUCUCCCAAUAAAUUAUAUUACAAACAUAUACACAUAUUUAUAACGAUGUCAUGCUUAAUUAAUAGGCUAUAUUAUUUUUAUAUAAAUAUCUUUAUUGUAACUAUUAAUAUUAAAACAGUAGUGUUGUCAGUCCUACAAAGAUACAUUAAUAUUAAAACAGUUAGUUUUGUCAGUCCUACAAAAAUAUAUAUAACCAUAUCUCCCGCCCCCUAUCAUAAAAAAAAAUCAUAUAUUUAUAAGAGAUUUGUUUCGUAUCAACUUUUGAUAUUAGCAAUUUGUAAAUAAUUUUUUAUAUUUCUUUAUUUAAAAGGCAUUUUAUGUCAAAAAAAUUAUUAUCUCCUUUUUAUUAUAGUAAUGGCCAUAAUUUUUAAUAGCAUUCAUUCAUUUAUUGAUUAUAACAAAAAUUUGCCAAACCUCCGAUGGAUGUUAAGUUAUAUUUUAUUUUUGCUGGCUUAGGCGUUUAAUAAA